AUGGAGGAGGCAGUAGUCCCGCCAAUGGGGGAAUCAGCCGCCCCAAUGGAGGAAGCUUCCCCGUAUGCCGAACCACCGCGCCCCGGUACGUACGACCACCUGUCCAAAGAAAUGCAGGAGUACUACGUGGGGGUGCCGUACAGCUGGGAAUACGUGGAGGGCAGCAGAGGGUGGUUCAUCAUCGAAACGAGCAAAGGGUAUAAAUUCUACUUUAACAAAAAAACGAGCGAAAAGACGUGGAAGUGCCCAAAGGAGGUAGAAAUUCUGAUGAACAAACAGGAAAGCGAUCAAGCGGUUGAUGAAUCGGUGGAGGGAAGCCUCACAGGGGGUCGUCACCAUGGAGUGAUCGGAAUUGACUCAGUGGCAGGGGCCACUACCUCAUAUGGUCUAACCCACGGAACAAGGGGGCAAGGUGGCCAAGAGAAAAAAGACAUGGAAAAAAUCCUCAAGGAUUAUAAAAACCUUCUCAUCGAAAAAAAUAUGGACCAAUUCUGUAAAUAUGAAAACGUCUUGGCCCACCUGCUCUACGAUGAAAGGUAUCUAAGAGUACCAAAGGAGCUGAGGAAAGAAUAUUUUAAUAAUCUUAUAAAAGAGAUUGAUUGUGAUAGAAGAAACGAGCUCAAAAUGUUAGUAGAGAAUUUCCAAAGUUUGCUGUGUAAGAUGGAAGGUAAAAUUAGGUACCCCUUUGAAGAGGCAGACGCUAUAUCCAUUUUGCGGGGUAAAAAAGAAUUCGAAGGAAGUGGCACAAAAAAUUGGUAUGUCACAAGGAGCAAACUGUUAAGGGAAUUUUUACAAAAGAACAAAAAAAACAUGGAAAGAGAAACGGAACAAAAUUUGGAGCAAGUGUUGUUGGACGCCUUGAGAGGGGAAAGUCCAGGGGCGUGGAUUAAGAUAAAAAAUAAUUUACUACGAAGUAGCAAAUACGAUAUUUUAUCCUUUGAGAAAAAAAAUCACAUAUUUCAGAGUCUAAGUCAAAAGUUGUUAGACAAGAGGAAGGGGGAAAGUCGGCAUGCAGAUUCCCUCUCAGGUAUUAAGCGAUCGACCUAUCGUGGCAAUGCGCUUACCGACGACAGAAAUGUUUUUGUGAGUCUUCUGCAUGAGAAGCUAAAACACCCAGUUAUAGACGAGGACAUUUUGGAACAGGACCCAUUUACGGCCAAAACGUGCGACUCCUUUGAAGAGGCAGUGCAAAUUCCACCUGACCUUACAACAGACGACAGGUAUAAAAAUAUACGCCUGACGGAUACAGAAAAAUUAAACUUGUACAAAGAAUUUAUUAUGAGCUACAUAAGUAUGAAGAAAGACACAUUCGAAAAAAUGCUUCAUGAACUUCCAAUUAAGUAUAUGAACGACUCUUUGGAAGACAUCAUAAGGGUCGUCGAUAAGAAUGACAAAAUUUUUAAGUCCUUACCAUCAGCGCAUUUGGAAAAUGUUUUCUCAAAAUGGAGAACGUACAAAAUUAAGGAGGCUAAAAAAAUGUUUGCAGAUUUUUUAAAAAAGUCCAAUUGGGUUAAACAUGACUCGGAUGAGCGUGGGAACUACGAUGCCCUCCUCAAAGUUUUGUCGCAGGACGUCAGCUACCAACGACUGAAGUGCGUGCCCGCGGACAGGGAGGAAAUGGUGAAGAAGCGCAUAAGGGAGUUAAAGCAAGAACACAAGAAGAACAAGAACUUAGCAGAAAGGCUGAACCGCUGA